AAAAAGGCGGCCAAGAGCCCCCAGGAACAUUCAGUCAAGCCGCGAUCGCCGAGCUCUACGGACGUCUCAACAUCUACCUUCUCGUGAACCGCAGUGAAUUCAAGUGCUGACCGGAAAAUUCUUUCGGCCAAGAAAGGUCUCCGAAAAAGAUCUCAAACGAUUGUGUUUUUUGUGUAACUCCCAUUGGAUGUCUCUGAACGCCGAGCGAUCGUACAAAAUGAAACUGCGCGAUGUGGAAAAUGCCUUCAAGUACCGGCGCAUACCGUAUCCCAAGCGUUCCGUGGAGCUGAUCGCCCUGCUGGCUAUUUCGUGCACCUUCUUCCUGUUCAUGCACACGAACAAAUUGAACAGUCGCCUCAAGGAGAUGGAGGUGAAGCUGCAGCCGUCUGAGUUCUCGGCCCUGGGACUAACGGGCAACCACAUCAGCGGACACGAUGCGGGCAAGCACGACGACAUCAACACUCUUCAUGGCACCUACCAAUACCUGAAAAGCACGGGCCAGGCGGUUGGACAUAAUGUUCACGAUCGCCGGAGCAGCGAGGAGGAGCUGCGGAGUCCAACGGGGCAUGGACAUCAUCAUGAUCACCACUCGCACCACCAUCAUGUGCACCAUCAGGGCAAGAUCGAUGGCCAUCAACACAAGGCUGCCCAUGACAAACAACUGGCAAUUCCUGACAACAAGCACAAGGAGGAUGAAGUCCACUUCCAAGACGAUGAAGAUGGGGAGGAUGAUGAUGAGGAAGACGAUGACUUGGCCAAUGGUGUGGGAACCAGUGAUGAAGAAGGUUUCAAUUUCAAAGCCGAUCUCCUGAACAACACCAAAUUCGCCGAGGUGGACUUUGUCUUUUUCAAUCGAGUCCCGAAAGUGGGCAGUCAAUCGUUAAUGGAACUGAUGGCUCGAUUGGGCAAGAUCAACGGCUUCACCCAUGCUCGGAAUAAGGGCAGUGUCCAUGAAACGAUCGUGAUGAAUAAGCAGCGGCAAAAUGAUCUUAUAGCUGACCUCCUGACCCGACCAAAGCCACAUAUCUACAGCCAGCACAUAGCCUACAUAAACUUCACUCGUUUCCAUUUGCCAAAGCCAAUUUAUAUUAACUUGAUUCGAGAUCCGAUCGACCGAAUCAUCAGCUGGCAUUACUAUAUCCGGGCUCCGUGGUACUAUCGGGACAUGCAGGCAAAGUUGGGAGAAAAGGCAUUGCCCAUGCCCUCGGAUGAGUUUAUGAACCUCGAUCUGGACACUUGUGUGCGGAACCACGAUCCCCACUGUACUUUCGCCCAAAUGCAGGUUAAGAAUCCAGUGGGAGAUCACCGCCGACAGACCUUGUUCUUCUGCGGCAUGAAUCAGAAGCUGUGCAUGCCCUUUAACUCGGAGGCUGCCAUGCAAAAGGCCAAGAGAACUGUGGAGACGGAAUACGCCGUGGUGGGAACUUGGGAGGACACGAAUAUUACACUUUCUGUACUGGAGGCCUAUAUUCCACGAUUUUUCCGCAAUGCCAAAGUGGCCUACUAUUUGGGGAAAGACCGCUUGUCACGAGUAAAUCGCAACAAUGUCACUCGAAUCGUCAGCGAUGAAACUCGACUCAUUUUGAGGAAAAACCUUACCAACGAGAUCGAGUUUUACGAGUUUUGCAAACAGCGUUUAUACCUCCAGUAUGCCGCCUUGAGUCAUGGAAAGCGAUUUGGAGAAGAUGACUACCUCUUAGUGCCAGAACAGCAAAACGAUUAUAAUGACGAGUAUUAGUAAGGACACUAAGUAAGGAACUGAGAAACAAAUUGAAUAAGUGAUAAGCCAGUAUGAAAUGUAUGAUUAGAAUCAAACUCAGGACUAUGUAUAAUACACGUACAAAUUGAAGAAAAACUGAA